AAUUAAAGGAAAUCGUCGAGUAUAUAUAUGGAAUAAUUUACACAAAUCGACACACUUCGUCUGAAGAAAUCAAGCAAAAUGAACACAUUCAUUACUUUGGCUUGUCUGGUGGCUAUCGCCGUGAGCGCUCAUGCGUCUGGCUUGGGCGGUAUCGGAUACGGUGGCUAUGGCGGACACGGCGCUGGAUAUGGUAUAUCGCAUGUCUACAGCGCACCCAUCUUGGCCCCAGCAAUUUCCACCUCUCAUGUAUACAAAGCUGCUCCAAUCCCUAUUAUAAAGAGCGUAGCAGUCGCUCCCAUCAUCAGCGCGCCAAUCCUUAAAACCGUGCCAGUAGCCAGUUACAGUAUCGGAGGGUACGGACACGGAGGCUACGGACACGGAAGCUACGGACACGGAGGCUACGGACACGGAAGCUACGGACACGGAGGCUACGGACUUGGAGGCUACGGAGGCUACGGUCUCUUGGGAGGUUAUGGAGGUUACGGCUUAGGCUAUGGCAAAGGUCUCAGCUAUGGUUACAGCUUGGGCAAGCACUAA